AUGUCGGCCUUGAAUUAUUGGGUUUCGGACAAACUACAGCAGAUUCUAGGAGCCAGCGAUGAAAACACAAUUGAUUUUUGUGUUGCUGCGGCUCGUGCUGCAAAGUCUGCAUCUGCGUUAAUCUUAACACUUGGAGAUGUAGGACUGCCAUCUACAAAAGAAGCAAAGACCUUUAUUACGGAACUUUUUGGUCGAGUUAAUCCGGGCAAGUUAAUCAAGCAAGAACCGACAAGGAAGAAGAGUUCUGCGCAGUACGAACUUCUUCUGGACGAUGAACUGGGCGACGAGCUGGUCAUUAAGCCGCGGAAAAAACGGCGUGAUUUAAGCGAAGACGAACAAGAAAAACCAGCACCAAAAAAGAGAGAAGAAAAUAAAGAAAAAUCUGAAUCACCUAACAAGUCUUCUAAAGAGACACCUAAGGAGGAACUUUCUCAAAAAUCAAAGAGUAGUUUAAAAGAACCGGAAGAAUUUAGCGAAUUAAGAAAAAUAUCCCGUCAAAGAUACCUUACAGUACGUGAAGAACAAAAACUUGAGCUUUUAGCCAAAGAAGUUGAGUUUUUAGAAGAAGAUAUUGAAAAGUACGGAUGGGACUACUUGUCGCGUCGGGAACAACAGGACUACAAGUAUAAACGGGAGAUUUUGGACAUUUCGCGGGAACGCAAACGCAGCAAAAAUUCCACAGAAGAAUACCAGCUUCCAGAAGACUACUUUACUAAACAGGGCAAAAUUGACAAGAAAAAGAAGGAAUCUGUGCUUUACCAGCGAUACAAACCUGUGGAAAAGAGCGAAGCAACGGCAGAAAAUGAAGCCUGGGAAAAGGAGCAGCAACAGAAAGCCACAGUUAGCUCACGGAAAAAACUAAAGUCCGAAGAAAAAUAUGAAUACGUGUUUGACGAUUCGCAGCACAUUGACUUCAUAACGGAUCAUGUUUCAAAAGAAACUGAGGAACAGAAAUUGCUGGAAAAGCGCAUAGAGGAAGAACGCAAACGGAUCAAAACAAUCGAAGAUACACGCAAGUCUUUACCAGUGUAUGCUCAUCGUAAGGGCUUACUGGAGGCUAUCAAGGACCACCAAGUGUUGAUUGUAGUUGGUGAAACAGGUUCUGGUAAAACCACCCAGUUGCCUCAAUAUCUGCACGAGGCUGGAUACACCAAAAAUGGGAUGAAGGUCGGAUGCACGCAACCUAGAAGAGUGGCUGCCAUGUCAGUUGCCGCUCGUGUUGCUGACGAAAUGGGGUGCCGAUUAGGUGGCGAGGUUGGCUACACGAUUCGUUUUGAAGACAAGAGUUCUGACAAGACCGUCAUCAAAUACAUGACAGACGGUAUGCUGUUGCGAGAGUUUCUCACAGAUCCUGAAUUGUCGUCUUAUUCUGCCAUAAUGAUUGAUGAGGCGCACGAACGUACUUUACACACUGACAUUUUGUUUGGUCUGCUCAAGGAUAUUGCAAAGUACCGGCCAGAGCUGCGGUUAUUGAUUUCGUCUGCUACUUUGAAUGCAGAAAAGUUUUCAAAGUAUUUUGACGGUGCGCCAAUUUACAACGUACCUGGCCGCCGCUUCGAAGUGGAUGUGUACUACACCAAGCAACCAGAGGCAAAUUAUUUGCAUGCCGCUAUCACGACUGUGUUUCAAAUUCAUGUGACGCAAAAAAAAGGAGAUAUCUUAGUUUUUUUAACCGGUCAAGAUGAAAUUGAAACUGCAGCAGAAAAUCUAGCCGAUACUGCGCGGAAACUAGGCAAAAAGAUUCCAGACAUGAUUAUAUGUCCAAUUUAUGCUAAUCUCCCUGCGGAGCUGCAAUCGAAGAUUUUUGAGCCCACUCCUGAAGGCGCACGCAAGGUUGUUCUUGCAACUAACAUUGCAGAAACAUCCAUUACAAUUGAUGGCAUUGUAUUUGUAAUUGAUCCUGGGUUUGUCAAAGAAAACGUGUACAACCCACGAUCUGGUAUGGAGAGUCUUGUUGUGACUCCGUGCUCGCGGGCGUCUGCUGAUCAGCGUGCGGGUCGUGCGGGUCGUGUUGGGCCAGGCAAGUGUUUCCGGCUGUAUACCAAAUGGGCUUUUUAUAACGAGCUUCCUCCUAAUACUACCCCUGAAAUUUUACGAACCAACUUGGGGAGUGUUGUUUUGCUACUCAUGUCACUGGGGAUUAACGACAUUAUGAACUUUGACUUUUUGGACGCGCCGCCGGCCAGUGCGCUCAUUAAGGCUUUGGAGCUUCUGUAUGCACUGGGCGCACUCAACGACCGUGGCCAGCUGACACGUCUUGGCAGACAAAUGGCCGAGUUCCCCACAGACCCCAUGCUGGCAAAAGCCAUUUUGGCCAGCGACCAGUAUGGAUGUGUGGACGAGGUUUUGUCGAUAGUGUCGAUGCUGGGCGAGGCUUCAGCAUUGUUUUACCGACCAAAGGAUAAAAAGUUAUACGCUGACCAAGCGCGCGAAGCGUUUACUCAACAAGGGGGUGACCAUUUGACGUUGCUAGAAGUUUGGCGACAGUGGGUGGAGGCAGACUACUCAUAUCAAUGGGCACAAGAUAACUUUUUGCAGUUCCGAUCUCUGACGAGAGCUCGAGACGUGCGUGACCAAUUAGAACGUUUGUGCGAGCGAGUUGAAGUCGAGGUGCGCAGUUUACCUGAGGGAGCCCAUGAAGGUACAGAGUUGAUCCAAAAGGCUAUAGCAGCUGGGUUCUUUGCGCACACAGCCAAAAUGUCACGAUCCGGAGACAGCUAUCAAGUAGUGAAGACGCGGCAGACGGUGCACAUUCACCCUUCGAGCGUACUGUUUGCACACAAGCCCAAGUGGUUGUUGUAUCAUGAGUUGGUGCUAACUUCUAAAGAGUUUAUGCGUAACUGUAUGCCUUUGCGACCCGAAUGGCUGGUGGAGGUUGCGCCGCACUACUACAAGCAAAAGGAUCUGGACGAGAUGGGCGCGAUUCCCAAAAAGAUGCCGCGACAGUGA